AUGUUGUCAUCGCGCCGCGCAUGCUACAAAUGUGGCAACAUUGGCCAUUAUGCGGAUUCUGCUAGGUCUGCUCGUCUGCGGAACGCCUUUGCUAUAACUGCAAACAACCGGGACAUGAGUCGAAUGGUUGCCCGCGUCCUCGCACAACAGAAAGGUCUAGGACAUGUGCAAGCUGACUGCCCUACUCUGCGCAUCAGCGGAGGUGCCACGGGCGGCCGCUGCUACAUUUGCCAUCUGCCCGGCCACUUGGCUCGGACCUGCCCAUCUGCCGGUAUGCAUGGUGCCGGGAGAGGCGCUCCAGUUAUCCGUGGCGGUUUCAACUCUGCCUUCCGUGGAGGAUUCGCGGGGUAUUCCAGAACCGCGAUGUGCUACAAAUGCGGCGGCCCGAACCACUUUGCACGGGAUUGUCAGGCCCAAGCUAUGAAAUGCUAUGCUUGUGGAAAAUUGGGUCAUAUCUCUCGUGAUUGCCCGGCUCCGAACGGUGGGCCGCUGAGCUCCGCAGGGAAAGUUUGCUACAAAUGCUCUUUGGCUGGCCAUAUCUCUCGCGAUUGCCCUACCAAUACCAACGAAACCGUUGCUCCUAGUGCUGCGGAACCUACUACUGAAGUUGCUGCUGUGGAUAGCGUUGCCCCCGCUGCUUCAGCACCCACAACCGCGGUGGCUUAA